GUCACAACCUAUCCCUCACCGUGCAGUGUCAUUUCCCAGAGUGUCAACCCACCUCUGGAAUUUCAGAGAAGAAGAGGAAGGGAAUUAUUGGACGUAGAGCAUAGGUGCAGCAUUGAAGAGAGUUGAAGAGAGACAGAUUCUGUUUUUUUUUUUUGGGUUUGUUUCCCCUGGAGAAGACUUUGACUUUGUGCUCUGGAAAUACAUGUGCUUUGUGCGACUAAGAUCUGCUCCUGUCUAAGCAUUUUAGCAAAGCGGAAACCCCCCCUCCACCCAACCCCCCCAGGAGGAAUAAUCAGAACUCACAGCAAAACCAAAGUCAGCCCUGUGGGAAACAAAGCUCUCCGGCUGACUCACGGUCACAGACAUGCAGCCGUUCACCUUUGUCGGUGCGUUUUUCCUCCUGCUCCACAUCUCCUCGGGGAGUGCAGAAGCUCAUAGGCACUACCGACAAGUCCUUACUGGAAACCAAGCGGGUGUGUGCCGCUAUGGCAGGAGACUGGAGUGUUGCUAUGGCUGGAAGAAAAACAGUAAAGGACUGUGUGAGGCUCAAUGCGAGCACGGCUGCAAGCACGGAGAGUGCGUUGGCCCCAACAAAUGCAAGUGUUUCCCAGGAUACACCGGAAAGACGUGCAAUCAAGAUUUGAAUGAGUGCGGCCUGAAACCUCGUCCCUGUGAGCAUCGCUGCAUGAACAGCCAUGGAAGUUACAAGUGCUACUGUCUCAAUGGUUACACCUUAAUGCCUGAUGGAUCUUGUGCCAACUCCAGGACAUGCUCUCUGGCUCACUGUCAGUACGGCUGUGAGGAAGUUCAAGGGGAGAUUCGCUGCCUCUGCCCGUCUGCGGGGUUGCAACUUGGGCAGGACGAGAGGACUUGUGUAGACAUCGAUGAAUGUGUAACCGGGAAGAACCUCUGCCCGUACAACAGACAAUGUGUGAACACCUUCGGCAGCUACUACUGCAAGUGUCAGGACGGCUACGAUCUGAAAUAUGUUGACGGCAAAUAUGACUGUGUAGACCACGAUGAGUGUGCAGCUGACACCCACAAGUGCAGCCACCACGCUGACUGUCUGAACACUCGAGGAUCCUACAAGUGCAGGUGCAAGUCUGGCUUCAGAGGCAAUGGCUUUGAAUGCUCUGUCAAGCCAUUUUAUCAGAGGUCGUGGGACGGAGACAAAGGCAGUGCAGAUGAUUUCCUCAAUGCAAUCCCAGACUCCCAAGUCAAGAUUCUGGGAGGUAAGCUGGACAAUGAGGACAUCAAAAACGUUAUUCCCGAACCAGCUGCGACGCCGCGUCCCAAAAUCCGUCAGCAGCCUUUCGACUAUGAGGGAGAGGUCUACAUCGGCCCCCAGACUAGGGGGCAGGAGGAAGCAUUUCCUGAGGAGGAAGAAGAGGAUGAGGAAGAGGAAGAGAACCAGCUCAAUCCAAGAGGAGAUGUUUUCAUAUCAGAGGACUUUGAAUCGGUGUUCGGCCCUGGCACAGAAGUCAAAGAAAUCCAAAUAACACCAGUUCAGGAAGAGUUUAUCAUGGAUUGCAACUUUGACCAGGGAGCAUGUGAGUGGGUCCAAGACAAGGCCGAUGACUUGGACUGGAGCGUGGCCUAUCACCGUGAUGGUGGUGAGUACUACAUGGCCAUGAGUGGGCUCGUAGGGGAACAGGAGGAUGUGGCCAAGCUGAAGUUGCUCCUCAGCGACCGGACCCAGCGGGGCAGCUUCUGUCUCACCUUUGACUACCGUGUUGUGGGUCACAACGUGGGAACCCUCAGGGUGCUGCUGGAUAACAAUGCUUACCCUGUAUGGGAGCGGAGCCAAAGCAACGAGCAAGGCUGGCAGACAGAGCUCCUCACUGUGGCCUGGAAUGAGGUGGCCCCAGAAUCUGUUAUCUUUGAGGGUCAGCGCGGGAAAGGUGUUGGAGGGGAGAUCGGCCUGAACAAUGUUGUUCUGACCUCAGGGCCCUGUCAAGAAGACGUCGGCCCCAGCUUUUAAGAAUCUCCAUCCGGGAGAUUUACACCUUGAAAAUUUGCUCUAACUGACACGUGUCAAAGAUUCCUGUUUCCUGUCUGUAUUAUGAUCUCUUCCCUGUGGGGAAUUUCUCACGGCUUUAGCCACAGGACACCCACAUAAACAUACAGACACAUGACCUCGAGGGGAGAUUACGUACAAUCAGUGCAUGCAUGUUUACUUUAUCACCAUGCUGCUACAUAUUCUCUAUCGUGACUUUCAAAGUGGUCUCUUACGAUACAGAUAACUCUCAGGAAUACGUGGAAAUGCUUACUUUGUCCGUUAGGUUUAACAGUAUUGUGCGUAGCCUUUUGUUGUUUAUGUGAUAGUGCAUCGCCGAAGUUAACUGAAAAUAAUCUAUGACAUGUAAUGUGAACUUUUAGGUGAAUUAUAUCUGAAAUUCAAUCUUAGAUGAUUAACGUUUUUUUGAAGGCUGGUUAGUUUAUAUGAUAAAAGAUAUCAGUGCUGUAAAUUUUGCUUUCA